AUCAAUAAUUCACCCCUCCAUGGAAACCUCUCCUCCAACUUCCGCUUAGCUCGCGCUUGUGAGGUCCCGUCGAUUUUCUCGAUCUCUUGCUGUGCUUUUGGGCAGAUUCAAGACUUUUUAGCAUUCCUUCAAUAUGGGUAAAGAAAAGAUUCACAUCAACAUCGUCGUUAUUGGCCACGUCGAUUCUGGCAAAUCCACUUCGACCGGUCACUUGAUCUACAAAUGCGGCGGCAUCGACAAACGUACCAUAGAAAAGUUCGAAAAGGAGGCCCAAGAAAUGGGCAAAGGUUCCUUCAAGUACGCUUGGGUCCUGGACAAACUUAAGGCAGAGCGGGAACGUGGUAUCACCAUUGACAUCGCUUUGUGGAAAUUCGAAACGGCCAAGUAUUACGUCACCAUUAUCGAUGCACCGGGACACAGAGAUUUUAUCAAGAACAUGAUCACUGGUACUUCACAGGCCGAUUGCGCUGUACUAAUCGUAGCUGCAGGUACUGGAGAAUUCGAAGCGGGAAUCUCGAAAAAUGGCCAAACUCGCGAACACGCUCUGCUAGCCUUCACCUUAGGAGUUAAGCAGCUCAUAGUAGGAGUCAACAAGAUGGACUCGACCGAGCCGCCUUAUUCAGAAACGCGUUUCGAAGAAAUUAAGAAGGAAGUAUCUUCGUACAUUAAAAAAAUCGGUUACAACCCAGCCGCUGUAGCUUUCGUUCCGAUUUCCGGAUGGCACGGCGACAACAUGUUGGAGCAAUCCGACAAGAUGCCUUGGUUCAAGGGAUGGUCUGUAGAACGCAAGGAGGGCAAAGGUGAAGGUACAACUUUAAUUGAGGCACUGGAUGCGAUCCUUCCGCCGUCCAGACCGACCGAGAAGCCUCUAAGACUUCCGCUACAAGACGUUUACAAAAUCGGCGGUAUUGGUACUGUGCCAGUAGGCAGAGUUGAAACUGGUAUUCUGAAACCAGGUAUGGUUGUGACUUUCGCGCCUGUUGGCUUGACUACGGAAGUAAAAUCUGUAGAAAUGCAUCACGAAGCUUUGCAGGAAGCAGUUCCAGGAGAUAACGUCGGCUUCAACGUCAAGAACGUUUCGGUUAAAGAACUAAGACGUGGCUACGUUGCAGGCGAUUCCAAAAACAAUCCUCCUAGGGGAGCUUCCGAUUUUAUGGCUCAGGUCAUAGUUCUGAACCACCCUGGCCAAAUAGCGAACGGCUACACACCCGUCCUGGAUUGCCACACGGCUCAUAUCGCUUGCAAAUUCGCGGAAAUCAAAGAAAAGUGCGACCGCCGUACAGGAAAAACCACCGAAGAGAACCCGAAGGCGAUAAAAUCGGGCGACGCGGCCAUUGUGAAUCUGGUGCCCUCGAAACCGAUGUGCGUCGAAUCGUUCCAAGAGUUCCCGCCGCUCGGACGGUUCGCUGUACGCGAUAUGCGUCAAACGGUCGCCGUGGGCGUUAUAAAGUCUGUUUGCUUCAAAGAUACAGCCGGCAAGGUCACGAAGGCCGCCGAGAAAGCCCAGAAGAAGAAAUAACUAGGCUUAGUGCCGCCUUCUACCGCCAUGGGCAACAAGGAAAUCUUCAUCAUUUACUAUUAUUAUUAUUUGUUGUUUAGGUGGUUGCAGCGGAAUUAUUUUCAUCGGAAGGAGUUCAGAAGGAAAGACACUGUUCGUUUAGAGUGUUUAGUUUUUAUUUUACUCUCGUCUGUGGCAUAAUAACCGCUACGAAAUUUUAUCUCUUACUUUAACCUACGAGUCGUGUCCUUCCAACGUUAAGUCGUUAAUUAGGCUAAAACUGUUGUAAUAAAAAACCGAGCUGUCAAGAAUAUCAUCUUACAGCUGUCAAUCGCCUUUGCAAUCAUUUCGAUAUUUAAAAUCGACGAAUAGAUUGAAGUAAGAUUUAAAAUUUCUACAGGUUAUUUAUUCCUUUAGAG